AAAUGACAACUGACUUUAAAGUUCUAACCUAUUGCGAAUAAAUGAUCAAAUAUAUUCACAAAUUAAAUUCGAAUCUUUAAUCUAAAUAAUCACACGCUCUUAUUCCCGUUGUGUUGUGAGUUUUAUUUGUGCUUUUAUUGAAAUCAUGUUUAUUGUGGGUAAACCGAGUUUGAGUAAAAUAGCACACUUAUAAUGUGGUAGUAGAGUAUAUUUCCAAGACACUUUAAGAAAAAUGAGCACUAAAAAGUCAACAAAACAAAAAAAUGGAACGCAUAAUUUUAAACAUACCCCAAAAAACGAAAAUGCAGAGAUUCAAAAGAAUGACGUUCUUGUUUUGCCACCAGAUCUUUUGCAGCAGUUAGGCAUUAAUCUGGAAAAUAUUCAAGCACCGCAAGAUUCCUCAUUAGUAAAAAAUGCAGGUACUUGUAGUAAAUUGAAACAGAUUCUAAAAAAUUCAGAAGCAUCUGAAUUGCAUCCAGACGUGAAAUAUAUUCAUAAUGAAGAUAAAGAUAGAUCUAUUUUAGAAACAGCUAAUUUGAUGAGAGCAUCUGUACUUCUUAGCCCAACAUUUCAUUUAUUGAAACCCUACAUUAAUUUAGAUACAGAAAGUAACCCUGAAACAUGCAUUGACGAAUUUGUUGCUGAAUGUGCUGAUAACAUUCUGUAUGAAGAUUUUUAUAACAAAGAUGAGCUAAAUGCAGAUGACAGAAUGAAAUGUGUUGGUAUACAAAUAAAUGAUACUAAGGAAGAUACAUCAAGAGAUAAAAUACAAUCUAUUAAGCCUAUUAGUAAAGAUAUAGAUAGCACUGUGCAUGUAUUAGAAAAAGGCUUGAAAAAUUACAAUUUUGUACCUCAAGAGAAUCUGAAAGAAUCGGAAAGUAAAAUAAACAUACAAACACCAGAGGAGCUAUUCCAAAGUGAUAAGAUUUUAAAUAAAAAAGAAGCAUUUGAUAAAAAUGAUAUGGUAACAGAAACUACCGAUGUUAUAAUUACUAUGAAUAAAGAAACAACAAAUAAUUAUGAAUCAACAUCAAAUAUUGAACAUCAGUAUCACAUUGAAAAGAACCACCCAGGUGAAGAUAUUUUUCCAAAAAAUAUAAACCAAUUGAAAGAAAAUGUAGGUGAAGAAAAAUGUAAUUCAAAUGCCAAUUGCUUUCAAGAAGAAUGUGAUGACAACAUUGAUGAAACUCAUAACGCUUCUAAAAUUAGUAACGUGGACAAUAAUAAAGAAGCACAAGUUUGUUAUAAUACUUUAAACAACCAUUCCCAAUUUGAAAAUGUUGAAUCUAGUUCAAGCUUAGACAAAGAAUUACAAUUAAAAGAGCUCAUUGUGGAACCAAAAUUUUGUAAAGAUAUGAAUCUGCAGGCAAAUUCAGAAAUACAUACCAGCGGUAAUGGUAAUCUUUAUUUACCUAGUAUAUCAGAGUGCAAAAACAAUAUUGAACAUACACCGAAUAUUGCCAUGAGUGAUGAAGGACAUAAUAGUAUUGACUCAUAUGAUAAACUAUUUAACACUCAACAGACAGAGUAUAAAAAAUAUAAUUUGGAUAAAAGUCAAAUCACGUAUGAAAGUAACCCAGAUAGUUGUAACUGUGCAACUAAAAAAACAUGUAUGUGUCAUGUUGAUAAUAUAGACACCACAUCGUCAGAGUCAAAGGUUCCUUUAGGGAAGGUAAAAGAAAUUGCCUUUUAUUUAAGUCAAAUUUGUUACACAGGUCUAAAUAGACAGAACAGUAUGACUAAAAAUUUUAAUACAACAGGUAAUUCGAAAUUAUGUAUUCAAGGUGUUGAAAAACCUGGUGGAACUAUGGAAAAAGUACAUUUAAAUAGAAAUAUAAGAACUUACUCUAGAAAUAAAAAUCCUAAAUUUUCUAAUGUUAUUAGUAGUCUUAUAUCUAAUUCGGAACAUAAAAUUGUAAAUAGUGAUAUUGAUUAUAAAUUAAAUGAUAUAAAUAUAUGUUCUGCUGGCACCAACAAGCAUAAUUUUUGUCUAUGUGGGGAUUUUGGUACCUUUAUCAAUGUUGAUAACAGCUAUGAGCAUAUCCACUUUUGGAAACGAAAGGAUGCUCAAUGUUCAGUUGAGACUUUGCUAAGUAUAUAUGAGGAAAAUAUUUUAAAAGAUAAAUAUAAGGAAGAUAACAUAAGCUUUCAUGAAAUUGAAGACAUAGAAGAAGCAAAGCAAUUAGAUAUACCUGAUGAUUCAGCAAUGGGCAUAUGCUGCUGGAAUUAUACUGCAAAUAUCCGUGCAAAAGGACACCAAGAGCUUAAUAAGCUUAAGAGCUUAAAACUACAAAAUAUCAAAACAGCUUCUAACAAGGGUAAAAGAAAACGGCCAGAUAAAAUGUCAGAGAGUGAAUCAGACUGUCAAACGCCCAAUGCAAAAAAAGCAGCUGUAUUGGUAAAAUGUGGAGUUUGUAAUUGUUAUAUCUUGAAAAAUGAAUGGGACAAUCAUAUAUCGGAAGAACAUUGUUUCAUAGCUUGGAGGGAGGACCAAAAAAUAGACUUUAAAAACAAAGAUUUACUUGUUAAGUUAAAUGAAAGGUUAUACAGUACUGAUAAAUUAAUAUGUACAUUUUGUGAAAGAGAAUUAUAUGAUGUUUCGAAAUUUAUUAAACAUGUUUCGAAAUGUAAAGAGCGAAAGUUUGCCGGAAAAUCUACUAAUAUAACAGAACAUUCCGAAAUUUGUAUAGAAGUGUCUACGUUACCGGUAGAAUUUGAGCAAAAUUAUGAAGUCCCUGUGCAACAUAAUAAAUCUAAGGAACAGAUCAUUAAGGAGCAAAGACACAAAAAAAUUAAAUUUAAUAUUGAAGAACAAAUAGCAGCCCCAGGACAAUCUAUGUUACAAGUAAAUAUUGAUGAAAAUCAAGCACUUGAAAGACAAGUAUUACAAAGAAAAAAACAAAAUCCAGUACUGAAAAUGCCUGUAUUACAGGUAGAAACUGAUGUUAAACAAGUGUCCCAAGGAUCUGUAUUAAAAGUAGAAAUAAGUGAAAAAGAAGCACCUGAAGAAUAUGUUUUACAAGUAGAAACUGGUGAAGAACAUGCACCUGAAGUAUCUGUAACACAAGUAAAAAUGGGAGAUAAAAAUGUUACAUGUAGAGUGUGUAAUGAACUUGUUUCUGAUAGUUUAUGGGUAGAGCAUAUAUCCCAAAAACAUAACUAUAUAGCCUGGAAAGAUAAUGAACCACCUUUGGAUUGUGAAGACGAGGAUGAGAUUCGUGAUUACCUUAAUUGUAUAAUAAAAGUAAUUGGGGAAUUAAUAUGUAAAGAAUGCGGUCUGAAGCGAAAAUUCGCAAAAUCUUAUUUAAAGCAUAUUAAGAAUUGUCAAAAUACGGAACAGUCAGAUGACCAAGUACAUGCCAAAAAAAAAUCAACACCAGUUGUUGUGAAAACUGAAAAGUUAGAUUCUGUAAAAACUAAAAAAGUAAAAGCAGAAAAAAACAAAAAAGUAGACACAGUUUAUACCAUAGAAGUAAAUACAGAAAAUAUCAAAAAAGAAAAAGCUGAAGAAAAACGAAAGCCAGAAAUAGACAAUCGGAUUGUUACAUGCGGUGUCUGUAAGCUAAAACUUACCAAUGCUAAUUGGAUAGAACAUAUACUCAAAGAACACGAUUAUUUAGCGUGGCAGGAUGGACACCCUGAAAUUGAUGUAAACAAUGCUCAACAAGUAUAUGAUCACUUAUUCAAUAUAUCAAAGCAAAACGAUGGAUUAAUUUGUAACAAAUGUGGACUACACCGUAAAUAUGUCAAGAGUUAUUUGAAACAUAUAGAAACAUGCGAAGGCGCAGUGAAUGAGUCUACUUUGGAUACAAGCACCGUAGAUACACUUAUUCUGGACCUUAGUAGUGAUGAGGACACAAAAUGCGGAGUCUGCAAAAUGGUUGUGGAAAAAAAGAAUUGGUUUCACCAUGUACAUUUAUGUCACGCUUAUUUGGCUUGGAAAGAAGGGAAACCAGCUUUGGAUCUGGAAAAUAAGGAAGAAAUUCAAUGUUAUUUAUACUUAGUAAGCAAAAAAUACAAUGGAUUAAUAUGUAAUAAAUGCGGCCUGAAUAGAAAAUAUGUAAAAGCUUAUUUGUCCCACUUAGAAUCUUGUAAUUCCGAAUUGCUUGAUUCUGCAGUGAUUGUGGAUGGUCCUGCUAAUAAAGAUUUGUACGAAUGCGGUGUUUGUUCCGAAAAAGUUCAUCCAAGCGAUUGGAACACCCAUGCCAUGAAAUUGCAUUAUAAUUUAGCUUGGAUUGUAGGCAAUUUUCCUGUUGACACAAAAAACAGUAGUGUUGUCGAAAAACAUUUGAAGGAGUACAAGCAAGAAGUUGGCCAACUAAAAUGUAACGAAUGUGGGACUACAAGAGUCUCACCUAUGGGCUUUUACGCGCACAUCAUACAAUGUGGAAAAUCGGAAGAGGAGAUCGAUAAAUAUAAAAUAUAUUGUGAACUAUGCGAUAGUAAAUAUCUAUUUAUCUAUAAACGCCAACACGCAGUUAUGCAUAAGGAACAAGAAUAUAAAGAAAUAAAGUUAAAAGAACAAACGCAGGAGAAUAUGUGUAUGGUGGUCCCGAAAACUGAGCAAACUGAGCAAUUAUCGGACAAAAGACGGGCUGCUGAAAGGGCACGGCAAUUCAUCGAAAAAUCUGAAACGUUUGUAUACAACUGCUCCAAUUGCGGCUACGGUACUGACGAGCAGGCAGAAUCAGACGACCACAUUUGUGGUAAAAUUAAUUACAAGGAGUAUGUUGAUUCCGAAGACUCCGCGGUAAUCGGAUCAUCGGAUGACGAAUCAGUGGAGAGCGCUGUAGAUUCCAACUUGUCAGACGAAGAGAUUCGACCAGAACAUGCCAGAAGAAAAUGGCGCGGCGACUCAAGUUCGGCAGCAGCAAAAGUACCAAGAAUUCCAUUUAGUGUUAGAUAUGCAAAAUCAUAUUUGAAACAAAGCGCAGACGACUACCGUAAGACGUUUUUGACAAAUGAAACGCUAUACCCUCAGUGGCGAAGUUGCAGCAUGGAGUUAGUUGCAGACGACCAAACUGAUAGUUAUUUGCCCCCUCUAAAGGAAUCAUGUAAAGUGAUUAUCGGUAGAUCUGAUCCCAUGACGUAUAAACAGUUUGAAGCCAAACAGCAAAAAGGGUACUCCAUAUUCGUUGGUGGGUGUAUUCAAUGCAUUUCAUGGGCUCCUCCCCACAAGGACGAUAUCAGCGAUGAUUAUGGCCACUUCAUGGCCGUAGUUUGUCAUAACGAUGUUGACUUACCUCGUCUUGAUUACGAGAAGACGUACGAGUAUUCGGGACUGGUGCAAAUAUGGGACUUUGGAGAUCUAUCAAGUAUGAAGCCAAAAUUUGCUCUAGGAAUAGCUCACAAUUACGGAACGAUUUGGGCAAUUGAUUGGUGCCCUUCAGGGGCGAGGGAUGUUCUUUCUUCUUCAGCGAGUGAAGAUGAAUCAGAAUCAGGUUCAGAUACUUUUCUGAGGCUUGGCCUUUUGGCUAUAGCAUGCUCGAAUGGUUCUGCUUACAUCUUCUCUGUACCUUAUCCUUCUUCUGUAAAAGCAAGCGAUAAAAAUAUUUAUAAAUUCACUCCAGUGGCAGAACUUCGUUUAUCUAGAGGAAAGCAAACUGUAUUUCAAGCUACAUCUAUUAGUUGGUGUCUGCAAAAAGAUCAUGCUACUGUCGUGGUGGGAUACUCAAGCGGUACUGUUGCAUUUUUCAAUUUGGAAUGCAAUUCUCCUCUAUUGAUGGAAACCGAAGGCGAAGUCAAUAUAUUAUAUCCUUUUAAGGACGAGAGACCACAUAGCUCUUCUAUAACAGAUGUAAAGACGUUCCCGAGUAGCGUGGGAGCCGGGUUGGUGAGCAGUGUAUCACCGACGGGCAGUCAGGCCGUUCAGCAGCGAGGCGCUGUCCGCAUACACAAGCACAUUUCAGCUAACUCUGGUGUGUUUGCGCCGCACUGGCCCGCUCUUAUGCUCUCAGGAAACGAAAUUAUCGUGAACCAAUCAGUGAAUGAGCUAGAUUUCUGGGGGCUCGGGCGCCGUACAGGAGUAGUACAGAAGUGUUGCGGGUGUCUGCACUGUGGCCAUAUGGCUACAUUCGUGCCGCCCGUCAUGAAGAUCCUGACUACCCACCCGGCAUACAUCGAUUUCCAGAAAGCGCCACUAGCCGUGUUUCAAAUGAGGCCACUGUCUGAUCGGAAGAGACCAAAACAGAAGGACGAUAUGCUAGAAGUGAAGUUGGAACCUCUCACUUACCACGAUGCAGUGAAAUCGUACGCGUUAGACUUCAAACUUAUGAAGGACCUUGAUAAGCACUCCUUCAAAGAGAUCAAUAGACCGAGGAUGCAAUAUCCGGAGCGAUUUCCUCUCAGCGAUGUCUCGUCCAUGGCUUUCUAUCCGUCGCCGAAUCACCACAGAAAACUAGCCGUCGCCACACACGCUGGAGUUAUAUUUAUUAUAACCGAUGAUAAUUGUUUAUGAAAAAAUUCAAUAUAGUAUGGUUUUUGGUUUUCUAGUGAUAAAAGGUCCGAAAGGUGAAAUUGACGUAAUAAUACCUCAGAACAAUAAAUAAGUAUAGAAGGGGAGGUUUAGAUAUUUCUAGUAGGUAUAGUUCGAUUCAAACUUUAUGUCGAAGCGGAAGUUAGGUGCGAGUGUAGCUUCGCGCUGGCAGCCAACUGUACAGUCUCGCUGAUUGGCUGAUACCGAAUAUUGAACUCUGCGCAUCGAAGUUCGAUAAGUCAUAAUGCUUGAUUCGAACUAUACAUUGUCAAGGAAUUUUCUUAUUUCGUGCUUAUUCAUUGUAAAAUCUGAGAAGAAUACGGUAUUAUUUACGCUAUACCAAAGAAUCUUUUGAAAUUACAGCAUACAUUUAAAACAUGAAAGAAUUAAGAUUUUAUUUAUUUUUUACGUACAAUUAAGAAAUCAUGGUCUUCGUAUUAUCUGUAAUUUGUAGAAUAAUUAAGUGUAUCAGAGUCUGUCUAAAGUUAACAUUCAUUCAAAAAAAGUUGUCACAAACAGAAACCAUACAUAAAAUCAAGAGAUUUGCGAUGUGGAAGUGGAUGUGACGUCAGUUCACAUAAAAAGUUACACUCAGUGGUCAGCGACUGUACUUGAGUACAGUCUAUCCUUUCCGAUUAAUUGAUGUUCCAGGACUUCUACUAUAUGCCCUGAUAUCGGUUUCAGUGAUUUUUGUGGAUACCUACUGAACGACUACGAUUACUGACCCAGUAAAUUUGGACAGGAUAUUUUUACUACUUUAUAAAAUGUUAUUAAAAGGCCUAAAAUAUGGCUUUUAAAUUGUUAACGUCUUGUUUUCUAACAAAAAAUAUUUAUGUUUUAGGGGUAUGUUUAUACAGUUUGGUAUAUAUGCGUGUAUAAUUCAAAAUUAAUAGUUUGUAGAACGUAAUUGAUAAAACAAUAAAAGUGUAGUAAUAUUGUGUUCUAUUUAGGCUCUAUUGUAUUUUUGUACUAUUCACUUUUGUUUGUAUUUUUAUAUCAGUCAUAAAUUGUAUCGGCACAUACAAACUUAUGACGAAUGCAGUAUGGCGACUCGUUUCGAUUUUAAUCACAUGUUAGAAAUAAUAACUGGGAUGACUAGCUUAAACUGCUUAGCGAGGCAUCAGGGUAAAGAUUUUUUAUUUGAACGGCGACGAGUUUUUUUUGAGUGGCUUUCAUGUAUGUUAUUUUUUUUAAUUAUAAACAUUUUGCUCAUGUACGUCUUAAUAACAGCAGCUGAGCUAACAAUGCUAUUAAUUUUUCUAUGUCAAUUAUCUUCCAUUGCUUCACAUUCCCUGUGACAUUCGUAACCAUGAUGCUGAUGAGUCUAUAAAAAACAGGUUGGUGGGUUUUUACACUUACGACUAAAUGAACUUCGAGCAGUUAACUUAUCUUAAUUUAAAAUAUAUUGACCACGUUUACAGCAUCUACACUUCCUUUCAGGUUAUAAAAGUUCAAAUUUCCAUUCACUUCCGUUACAAUGUUUUGUAAAAAAAUGUCGCCAUACUUAGCUAAAGAGAGCAUUAUUCCGUGGUUUUUAGUGACGAAAUCUGUAUGAUAUAAUACUGGUUUUCUAUUUGAUAUUUUUGCGUUAAGGUAUUUUCAUUACCUUACAUCUUAUAAUUAAUAACGCCUCGUUCUAGAGCAUAGGUCUUUCAUUGAAAAGAGUCUUUCUGAGCAUAGACCCACCAUGCUGCUCCACUGCGGAUUGGCGGGCUAGUGAGUCAUAGAAUGUUCGAAAUUUUCAAGGUCUUCAAUUCAUAUACGAUGGAAUCAAUUUAACAAAUCAGUCAGCUAAUAUCCGAAUUAAGGUAUUUUCAUUGUAUAAUGAUUGAAAAUAUCUAAAAAUGCCAAAUGAGUACGGUACGAUCGAAAUUUUCAAGGUCUUCAAUUCGUGGUACGAUCAAAGUUUAAAAAAAAACACUGGUGUAGUACAAGUUACUCGGAAUUUGGUUAGUCACUCGCAACACGCCAUUGGUAAAACAAUAUGACAGUAAACAUUAUUUAGGGGUUUAGUGUAUAAUUCCCAAUAUUACCUUUAUACGUAAUAUAUCGUUAUCAUCGUUACAAUAUAUAUAUAUAUAUAUAUAUACAC